GUGCUGCUUUGGUAAAUAAACAAAAUAUUUCCUUUAAUAUGGUGUAAAAUGUUAAUAAUUGUAAAAUGCCGGCACUAUCAAUAGAAAAUGUAAAAGAGCAUUGUCGAACGUGCUUAAAAAAAUUUAAAAGAAAGAAUAUUAAUUGUUCAAUAAAUUUAGAGGAGGAAGAACUACUACCCGACUGUAAAGAUUUUUGUAUUAGCAUUGUAGGUAUUGAGUUUAUAAAACAAUUUAUCACUUCAUGUAUGGAAGGACAGUCGACUAAUGAAGAAUGGAAAACGAUGUCUCAAGAAUAUCCACAAUUUAUGUGCAUAUAUUGCUAUAAGAAAUUACAAGGUGUUGUGUCAUUCAAAAAACAAGUGAGAAAUAGUACACUGAGGUUGCAAGAGUUACUUAACCUAGGAGCAGCUAAAUCUGAAAUUGUUGAAAAACAUCAGGAAAUUGACAACAAUUCUGGUGUAGAACAAUCCACAACAGAUAUCUUUAAUUUGUUGCUUAAAGAUACCCUUAUGGAAACGGAAUCCGUUUUGAUAAAUGCUGAGAGUAAUGAAGCAAUAAUUAGCAAAGAAUUACCUGAUCCAGAUCCAUUUGAUAAUGGUCCACCGGUUGAUAUUGCAAAAAAGGAAAAUUUGAGCGAUGAUAAUUGCGAAAGCACUAGUGAAGAACGGCAUGAUUUAAACGGGCAAGACUCCAACGAAGGAAUAUAUGUACGAAUUAUAGAUCAUGACAAAGUAAACUUACAAAAUAAUAUCAAAUUAUCGACUGCAGUGGAAGGUAAAGCUCAGGAAAACCAACACAGCGAUUGUAGUUUGGAAAUAAAAAAGUAUCCUACCCGCUCGCGUAAAAAACGUUCUCCACCCAUUGAAAAUACUAAUACUGAAAAAACAACUGACAAUAAAACAAAAAGUAGAAAAGUGGGGAAAGUUGGUGGGCGCAUUCAAUUAGGUCUAGGCCUAGAUAUAUCGACGAAACGUCGUAAUAAAGGAACUAAGAACAGUUUCAAAUGCGUACAAUGUAGUCACAGCUUUGCACACAAAAUAACACUGGAUGCUCAUAUACGCAAAGUACAUGAAGGAAAUAAGCGUCCAUUUCAAUGUGAUCGUUGCGAAAAAUCGUACACAUUUAUUGGUGGACUUUAUACGCACAUCAAGGAAAUACACGAUGCUCAGGUUAGAUCGUAUGCUUGUGACAUUCCAGGAUGUGAACGUAUAUAUACCAGUUUUAUAGCAAUGCAAAAACAUAAACGUUUAAAACACUCUGAUACAUCGUGUUUAACCAAGUACGUGUGUGAAAAAUGUGGUGCGACCUUUAAUCAAUCGGGUAAUCUUAAAUACCAUCGGCGUGCAAAACAUCCUACGGAAGCAGAACAAGUUGAAAAAGAGCAAAUGAAAGAGCGUUUUGAAUGUGAUGUCUGCAAAAAACUCUUUUAUUCCCGUUACACGCUGAAAUACCAUACCCUGCAGCUGCAUACCAACGAGACGAAAUAUGAAUGUAACAUUUGCGGUCGACGAAUGGCAAAGAAAUUUAUGCUUGUCCAACAUAUGCUAGUGCAUUCUAAUGACAAAAUGCCAUGCGAACACUGUGGUAAACAAUUUAUACGGAAAUUUGAAUUGGAGGCCCAUGUAAAAGCGGUGCAUAUGAAAUUGAAACCGUUUGAAUGUCAGUAUUGUUCCGAAUGUUUUGCUUCGCGGAAAACGCUACGCCAUCAUGAAUACAUACAUACAGGAGAGAAACCCUAUGUUUGUGAUGUCUGUGGACAAGCAUAUCGACAACAAACCUCCUUAAAAAGCCAUCGAAAAUCACAUGAAAAAUUCGUUGCGGAAUCAAAGUCAAUGAAUGUUAAUCAGGAAUUAAUUAAUUCAUUUUUGAUACCACAGGCUCCUCCACAUUGCUCCUGGAACUGAAUAAUUUUGAUUUGGAAUAUACCAAUUCUCACGACUAAGCAUAAACAGCUGAUUGUUGUUAUUACAUUUGACAGUACUCUCUUCGUUUCCAAAUCGCGCGAACGAAUGAAAAUUACGAUGCCAUUAUUCACUGUGCGAACAAAUGAUAUUUAUUUCGUUCGGGCAGAAUUACAUAAAAUUGUGAAUUUUGUUAAAUAAAAAAAAAUAAUAAUUGUUAUUAAUUUU